AUGACAGGGGGAACAAACCUUAUGAAGGCUGACGUCAAGCCUUUUAAGAUGCUGAAGGUACAACUUGAGGUCCACCAUCACCACUUGCGUCUCGGACUACCCCCAACCUUCAACGUCUCGGACUACCCCCAACCUUCAGCGUCUCGGACUACCCCCAACCUUCAGCGUCUCGGACUACCCCCAACAGCAGCGUCUCCAGACUACCCCCAACCUUCAAUCUCCAGACUACCCCCAACCUUCAGCGUCUCCGGACUACCCCCAACCUUCAGCGUCUCAGACUACCCACAACCUUCAACGUCUCAGACUACCCCCCAACCUUCAGCGUCUCAGACUACUAACCUUCAGCAUCUCCAGACUACCCCCAACCUUCAACGUCUCGGACUUUACCCCCAACCUUCCAGCGUCUCAGACUACCCCCAACCUUCGUCUCGGACUACUCCCAACCUUCAACGUCUCCAGACUACCCCCCAACCUUCUCGUCUUGGACUACCCCCAACCCAGCUAGCGUCCUCAGACUGCACAACCUUCAGCGUCCAGAUGCCCCCAACCUUCAGCGUCUCGGACUACCCCAACCUUCAGCGUCUCCAGACUACCCCCCAACCUUCAGCGUCUCAGACUACCCCCAACCUUCAGCGUCUCCAGACUACCCCCCCAACCUUCAGCAUCUCGGACUACCCCCAACCGCUAGCACCGUCUCAGACUACCCCCCAACCUUCAACGUCUCGAGACCCCCCAACCUUCUUCAGCGUCUCAGACUACCCCCAACCUUCAGCGUACUCCGGACUACCCCCAACCUUUCAGCGUCUCAGACUACCCCCAACCUUCCGCGUCUCAGACUACCCCAACCUUCAGCGUCUCAGACUACCCCAACCUUCAGCGUCUCGGACUACCCCCCAACCUUCAGCGUCUCGGACUACCCCCAACCUUCCAGCGUCUCCAGACUACCCCAACCUUCAGCGUCUCGGACUACCCCCAACCUUCAGCGUCUCGGACUACCCCCAACCUUCAGCGUCUCGGACUACCAGAAUCUUUCAGUGUAUCUGGAAAGCUCCUGCAG